AUGUCCACACCUAUCGAGGAGCAUGAAAGACCCCUGCAAGAGCAGCGUGGUGGAAAACGUCCCGAGUCCGACGAGGUAAUGCCGAGUUCCGACGAUGGCACUUACGUCCCUGAACACGGCCAUGAAGACCGACGCGACCGUCUCCGAGUGGACACGUCGUAUACCGACGAGCGCGGCAGUUCCCUGAAGGGCACUCCGUCGGCUCGCCGGGAGGAAUCAACCCGGCUGGAGGAUGACCUGAUGCUGCUGCAGGCUGAGCGGGUGGCCUCCCGCUCGACGCAGGCCGACAAUGGCGAGGGCGAACUGGCCUCGAUGAGCCGAUCGCGCUCCCGUCGUGAGGAACUGGUGGACGACUUCCUCGAGGCUACGAAUCCCAUCCACGAGAAGACCACCGUGUAUAGACCACCGGACACUCCCAACACUCGCUUGUCUCAAUUUGUGAAGAAAAUUCACGAGUCCAGCUUCAUUGUGCGAUAUUUGACGUACAUUCUUCCGAUCGCUUUGCUUCUGCUGAUCCCCCUCCUGGUGGGUGCGUUGAGUUUCAAGGAUGCCAACGUGGGCGGGGUCAAGCUGAUGUGGUUCGCCAUCUGGCUGGAAAUUGUGUGGCUUACUCUAUGGGCUGGUCGGAUUGUUGCCAAAUGUAUUCCGCCCAUUGUCAGCGUGUUGGCUAGCGUUUUCACCAACAAUGCCAAAAAAUGGCGUGAUUUAGCUCUGCAACUCGAGCUUCAUGCGGCGCUCUUCUUUUGGUGGCUCGGAGUCGAGAUCUCCUUCCUGCCGACCAUGAAGAAUCAUCAUGUUGAUGGCAACACCGCCACGAGAAACUGGGAAAUCGUGGUCAACAAGAUCAUCAUUGUCAUCUUUGUGUGGACCAUUCUCAAUCUGAUCGAGAAGAUCAUCAUUCAGCUGAUCGCCAUCAGCUUCCAUCUGCGAACUUACGCCGACCGGAUCGAAAUCAACAAGUUCCAAAUUGGAAGUCUGACCAAAUUGUACUCGUGGUCCCGUAAUCGCAUCGAGGAGACUGACGAAGCAUUCGAGGAGAAACAAGAGUCCACUCCAACCGGCACCAGGACCCCCUUGCGCUAUGCUGGCAAGGCUCAGAAAGUUGCACGCGGCGCUCUCAACAAGGCCGGCAACAAGGUGGCCGAUUUGGCGGGAGGUGUCGUGGCUGAUUUCACGGGUCGCCAGGUCCGCACCAGCUCCGACCCUUACCAGGUCAUUCGGACCUUGCUUCGAACCAACUCCGGCUGUCAGGUGCUGGCCCGUCGUCUGUACCGUACAUUUGUUCGAGAUGGAUUCGAUACGGUCUUUUCGGGUGAUCUUAAGGAGGCCUUCGAUAACAGCGACGAGGCCGAAGCCGCGUUUGCCAUGUUUGAUCGGGACAUGAACGGCGAUAUCUCCAUGGAGGAGCUCGAAGCUGCUUGUGUGGACAUUGGCCGUGAACGCAAGUCGAUCACCGCGUCUUUGAAGGAUAUCGAUUCGGUAGUCUCGAAACUGGACAGCAUUCUCAUGUUCUUCGUCGUCGUCAUCGUCAUCAUCGUCUUCCUGUCCCUGAUCUCUACCUCCACAGCCGGUGUCCUCACCUCCGCCGGAUCCAGUAUCCUGGCUCUGUCUUGGCUGUUCUCUGCGACUGCACAGGAAUUCUUGCAGAGUCUUGUCUUCGUCUUUGUCAAACAUCCGUUCGAUGUCGGUGACCGUGUGACCAUCUACGGUAACACCGGUGAUCAUGGUCUGGGGGAUGAUUACUUCAUCAAGAAGAUCUCGCUGCUCUAUACCGAAGCGACCAAGAUGCAAGGACAUGUCGUCCAAGCCCCCAACAGCUAUCUGAACGGCCUCUUCAUUCUGAACCAGCGUCGUUCCGGACCACUCGCCGAGGCCGUCCCCGUGACCAUCAAAUACGGAACCUCCAUCCAGCAGAUGGACGCCUUGCGUCAGCGUCUGUUGGAAUUCGUACGCAGCGAGAAGCGUGAUUUCCAGGGCAACAUCUUGACCGAGCUUCGCACUGUGACAGAUAACUUCUCCGUCACCCUCAACGUCGUCUUCUUCUACAAGUCCAACUGGCAGAACGAAGGUCUCCGUCUGCAACGCCGCAACAAGUUCAUCUGCAUGCUCAUGACUGCCCUCCAGGAGAUCGGCAUCGAGGGCCCACGCAUGAACCUCCAGGGUGCGACCACCGAUUUCCCCGUCCAUGUCAACUACGGGCCACCCCCGAGCUACGCCUCUCCUGGAGGCCGCACCGACAACGGUCCCCAGGACAGCAUCACCUCGCCCGAGGACCUUGAAACGUUACCCGACAACGACACCUCCGGCACCGCCACCCGUCAACAAUCUAUCUUGCGCCGAGGCUACUCAGCCCGGCCCCGCGGCCCCUCCAUUUCCCGCAAACAUGUCGAUUUCUCCCUCGGUAUGUCCAACAUGGCAUCCAACGACCUUAUGGGUGAUGUCUUUGAGGAACGUCAGCCCCGUGUGGACGAUAUCGUCCGUACCUCAAAUCGCGAAGCUCGCGAGCGCCGUAUCCAGGAAGCUCUUGAAGAGGAAGAGGAAGAACGCGCCAGCCACGGCUCCGCCUCGCGGCUGUCUCUUCGCCACCGUCGUCCCUCUAAUCUCAGCGCCAUGUCCCCCGGUCGCCCGUCGACCGAGGCGCCGAGUUUCGCAAGCGGCACGUCCGCGCGGAAUCGCUUUUUCCGUCAUCGGAGCAGUGUGAGCCAUGACCGAGAGAAUAUGAUGGAGCAAGGGCGUGUGGAUGGACCUUCCUCACCACCUUUGAUCCCCCCUGUUCAAGAUCUGGGUCACCACGAGCAGCAGCAAUGA